AUGUAUUCAUUGUACUUAUUGUCAUUACUUUCGCUGGGCGCGAACGUCGCCGCAAAACCAAAUGCAUGUCCUAUCUUAGGACCAGCCUUUCCAGCCCCCACGGAGAUCGGCAGUGACCCAACAUUCAUCGCAGCGACACAAAACCUCACUGCGCAAAUAAGACAGGCCAUUCAGUCUGGCGAACUGGCUGGAAACUCAAUAUCUGUGCAAAUAUUCAGCGAAAGUGAUUCAUAUGCUGCCUUUGGCCUUUCCCACACGGAUGACUCGGUACGCCAUGGAUCUGUCGGAGUACGAGAAGUGGACGAGAAUACCGUAUUUCGCAUUGGUAGCAUUUCCAAGUUGUGGACCAUGCUACUAUAUAUGACAUUCAAUGGAACCAAACACUUUCAAGAGCCCGUUUCAAAAUAUGUGCCCGAGCUGCGAAGCCCUUACAACGACUCCCAACAGAUUGACCAGAUCGACUAUGUCAAUUGGGAUGAAGUGACGAUUGGUGAACUCGCCAGUCACCAAGCCGGCAUUCCCAGAGACUAUGCUUUUAUGGAUUUGGCAGCAAGCGCCCCUCCCCAAGCUCUUACUAGAAUGGGAUUGCCAUCGCUCCCCAAGUCAGAGCGAAUGCCAUGUGGGAAUGCUCCGUUCCCACCAUGCAACAGGCAACAGUUCUUUGAUGGGAUACUAGACACCCAGCCAAUUGCCGCAACUUCCUCUACGCCACUAUAUUCAAAUGCUGGAUAUCAGAUUCUGGGCUAUGCACUCGAAGCAAUUGCCCGGAAACCGUUCGCAGAUAUUCUUAUGGAACGCAUAAUCGAGCCUCUUAGAUUGUCCCGCUCGAGCCAUGGCAUGCCCGACCCAAGUCUGGCGGUAGUCCCUUCGGACCUGAUUUCUAGUCAGUUCAAUUUGGACAUCGGAGAUGCAAUCCCUGCUGGGGGCAUCUACUCAUCGCCAAAAGAUAUUUCCACCCUUGGCCGCGCCAUUCUGGCUAAUACCCUUGUCAGUCCAGCCAUGACGAGACGUUGGAUGAAACCAGCAACCCACACCGCGUCUUUGCAAGUCUCCGUAGGACACCCCUGGGAGAUCAUGUCCUUUAAAGAGCCACGUCUUGUCGACCUCUACACCAAAUCUGGGAACGUUGGAAUGUACAAUUCCAUCAUGGCUCUGUCCCCAGACCACAACGCAGGCUUCGCAAUACUUACUGCAGGAAACGGCACCUUUGCUUUGCCAAUGAAGUUGGGUGAACAGAUUGCCGAAAUUAUGCUACCUGCAUUGGAGCAGAUAGCCAAGAACCAGGCUGCGAGGAGAUUUGCAGGGACAUAUGCCCUUGAGGACGGAACCUCUAACUCGUCCAUUACUAUCGUUGCGGAUGAUGAACCAGGAUUGAAGAUUACGAAAUGGAUCAGCAACUCAGUGGAUAUGGGACAAUCUUUUGCAGAAAAGGCAGGUUUAAAAGAAGCCCCUUCUCUGCUUAGUAUGCGUCUGCAACCCACCAGUCUCAAAAGCCCUGGCCGAGUUUCGUUUUCAGCGGUCAUCCAGGGUCUAAACCCACAACCAACUUCAGGGACUAUACUUUCGGCUUGCAUGACUUGGCUCGAGCUGGACUCCUAUAUCUAUGGGAAUGUCGGUAUGCCGGAGUUUGAGUUCAAUCUAAAUGACGAUGGGGACGUGGUUAGCCUUACUCCUCGCGCAUUGCGCAUUACCCUUCCAAAAGCCUAG